AUGCAUAGUAACCUCUCUUUAGAACUGAGCGUUUUACCGAUACGUUUUUGGUCCAAUAAUAUUAAUAUAAAAGUAAGAAGUAACUCUUUGUCUGUUGAAGGUGAACGUCCGUAUGCCGGUGAAUUUUGUAGCAAAAGCUUCGCCCAAUCAGGGCAUCUGACUUCGCACGUCAAGGCCCAUACGUCACCAAAAAAUUAUGCGUGAAUAACUGAGAAGAAGUUCAGCCAGAGUGGACAUUUCCGGAACUAUGAACGCCUGCAUAGCGGUGAACCUCCAUUUGAGUGCAAAAUGUGCCAUAAAACAUCCGGUCGUCUUGUCAGCCAUGUGCAAAUUCAUGAAAACACAAAACCGUACAGCUGCCCCGUAUGUGAAAGGGGCUUCACACAAUCCGGCCAUGUAAAGAGCCACCUUCAAGUUCAUAAGACCAGAUUGAGAAAGGAUCAUCAAGGCUAAGGAUCUUGUUGACAGGCCCCAGGCCCCGUCAUAUCCACCGGGAUACCACAGGAACAACGUCAGACCUUUGGACCAUCUUUAUGUUAUUAUUUUUACCAUUGAUUUUGUUUAAAUUAACCUAGUUGU